UGACUUCUCUUAUAAAACAGCAAUUUUAUCCUAGUAAUCUCCGCUUUAAAAUGAUUAUUUAGUGCAAAACAUGUUAAAGAUUAGCAGACUGGCGGUAAAUUCCUUAAGUGAUGAGCUGUUUCCUCACAAAGUUUAUUCAACGUACUGAAGGAUCUCCUCCAUUAACAUCCAUUCAAAAAGAACGGCCUCUGGUCUCCUCACCAGUGUACCGCUGUGUUACGCUUUGUUUUGCUGACUUUGUAGGCUCAACUCUGGUUUCGCGUCAUUCCACUUCCUGUUUGAAGGCGGGACUAGUGUUAUAAACAUUGCACGUAGCCAACGUGAUGUGAACCGCUGCAGACUUGGAUCAUAAACGCCGCAUAUCAGCAGAGAAGAACCAGACAGAAGUUUAUGAUGGCUGCAGACUCAGCUAUGACUAACGGAGGAGAGAAUAUCCUCAGUGAAAAUGACAACGAUAUUCUCAGCCCUGAUGACCUGUCAGAAGUGUUGGCGGCUGGGACCAAGGAGUCUCACGACAAAGCGGAAAACUCGCCAUUUGUCAAGGACUUCUUGAGGGGCCGAAUAAAACGAGAACUUUUUAAGCUCGGCACAGCUGCCCUGUACUAUGUAUAUUUAGCCAUUGAGGAAGAGAUUGAGAAGAACAAGGACCACCCCAUGUUUGCCCCUCUAUAUUUCCCCUCUGAGCUGCACAGACAAGAUGCUUUGGCCAAUGACUUGGAGUAUCUCUAUGGUGAAGACUGGGAGAGCAAGAUCUCGUGCUCAGCAGCCACACAACCCUACGUAGACCGCAUUCACGAGGUAGGUCGCAAAGACCCUGUGCUGCUGGUAGCACAUGCCUGGACCCGCUAUAUGGGUGACCUGUCAGGUGGACAGAUUCUAAAGAAAGUUGCCCAGCGGGCCUUGAAACUGCCCCCAACUGGUGAGGGGUUGAACUUCUACCAUUUUGAGGGCAUCCACAGCCCAACGGCCUUCAAGAGACUUUACCGCAGCCGCAUGAACGAGCUGGAAGUGGAUGCUGAAACCAAAGAGAGGCUGGUAGAUGAGGCCAACCUGGCAUUCAAAUUUAAUCUAGAGGUCUUCACGGAGUUGCAGGAGAUUGGGAAAGGCAUUAAAGAAGAGGUGCAGGACAUUGGGUUUCCUGCACAUGGUGACAUGGGAGGAGACAUUAGUAAAUGUCCCUACUAUGCAGCCAAAAUGGCGGUGAGUGGUAACACAACGUACGCAUGCCAGUUUGCAAAAAUGCUGCUUUGCCAACCCUCAGUACAGGUGGUGCUGGCCACAUGGGUCGCUGCUAUUGCUGGAUUGGCUGCUUGGUACCUCAUGUGAUCACUUUGAACAGAGUCAGCCAAUCAGAAAUUAAGAUCAUCUGGACUUCAAAGUAAAAAUUCUCCAUUCAGUCACUCAACUGUGAUUUCUUUCAACAUUGUGGAGAUAUUGCUGUGAAUAAAAUUUAAAACAAAAACAUUAAAGACCUUGACUAGACCCUUGAUCUAUACAACACUCCCAAAUUUCAAUGUCUUUUAUUUUAUAAUUAUUGU